CAUUCAUUGUAAAAACAAAUCUUUACCAUCAGCAAUGGUGAAUGUUAUGAAAGGUGUAUUGGUAGAGUGUGAUCCGGCUAUGAAACAGUUCCUUCUCCAUCUGGACGAAACGCAAUCACUGGGGAAAAAGUUCAUCAUUCAAGAUCUGGACGAGAAGCAUCUUUUCAUUUCGGUCGAAAUCGUGGAAGUACUGCAAGCACGUGUUGACGAUUUAAUGGAUCGCAUCAGCUUUCCACUGCACGAGAAGGACGCUUAAACGACUCAAC